AUGGCUACCGCGACAACAACUACAACACCUCCGACCAUCGCGUGGGCCAUCAGUCCCUUGCAGAUGCCCACGCCUUCUACUUCCAAGGCGGUUCACAAGCUUUGGAACCCGGCCCUCUCCUCCCUCUCCCCCGAAGAUCGAGUUCUCUUUUAUCGUUAUGGACUUGGACCAAGACGGAAUGUGGAUACCCCCAUUAUUCACCAUGCCUUCGAGUAUCAUGCCCGUACUCAGCCAGACGUGGUUGCCGUCGAACACACGACAGACGGUCAAUCGCUCACUUUCAAGCAACUCGACAUUCAGGCCAAUCGCCUAGCACAUCGACUUCGGGCGCAAGGGAUUCAACCCGGAAAGAGGGUUUGUAUACUUGCCCGUCGCUCGGUGCAUUUAGUCGCUGCCAUUUUGGCGGUGUUAAAGAGCGGGGGGCAAUAUGUGCCUUUGGAUGCGCUUACCAUCCCCGAUUCUACUCUGAGCUAUGUGCUCAACGACGCCAAACCCAGUAUUGUCCUUGCCAUGAGCGAGUUUGUUCAUCGUGUGAGCUCUGGGACGGUCCCCACCAUCGAUCUCGAAGCCGCUAUUCAUGCGGACGAGCUAGCCAAUGCAGAUGGGAGUAAACCAGUAGACACCACUACCCCAUCUUCUGGUGCAUAUAUCAUCUACACUUCUGGAACGACCGGAGUGCCGAAAGGUGUCGAUGUUCGGCACCGCGGUGUUACAAAUGUCAUCAGUGGGACACCGGGCAAUGUUGGCAUGAAACCUGGCCUCCGUGUUGGUCAGUUUCUGAAUGUUGCAUUCGACAUGGGCGCUUGGGAGAUACUUGGUUCGCUGUACAACGGUUGCACUCUAUGCAUCCGUGGAAACACGAAACGAGACUGGAUCACACUGAUGAAGACUGUUCACAUUGUGAUCGCGACCCCAAGUAUCUUGACGUUGCACGACCCUGCAGAUUACCCAAACAUCCAGAAUGUCAUCGUUGGUGAUGCCGAUGCUUCAUUACAGGCGAACCCUGCCCGCAAGGCGCCCCUCGCGGAUAAGUGGGCUCGAUUCACCAACUUCAGCAAUUGCUGUGGGCCAACCGAAAUCUCCAUUUGCAACACGGUCCAGCCACACACACCCGGUUAUCCUCUCUCGAUAGGAAAACCGAUUCCCAACACAAAUGUCUAUGUCCUCUCGCGGGAUCCAACGUGCACCAAGCCAGUGCCCAUCGGAGAAACGGGAUGUAUGUGGGUUGGCGGAACUGGCGUAUCAAACGGCUACUUGAAUCUUCUCGACAAGACAGCUGAGCGGUACAGGCCAGACCCUUUUUUGGGUGGAAGUGCAAUGAUGUUCAAUACGGGCGAUUUGGGACGUUGGCGAAGCGACGGCCAAUUAGACCAUCUUGGGCGGGCUGACGACCAGGUUAAAGUGAAAGGCUUCCGGGUAGAGUUAGAUGGUGUUUCUGCUGCAAUGCGGACACAUGAGCCCGUUCAUAGUGCUGUUGCUCUUCUAGUUGGGACUGAACUUUGGGGGUUCAUCACCCCCUCGACGGUCGACUUAUCUCAAGUUCGUGACGCCACAGCGGCGGUACAGCCCUACCAUGCUGUUCCAACCCAAUACCUCGCACUGGAUGAGUUCCCCAUGACCAAGAACGGCAAGGUCGACAAGAGAGCAUUGGUCGUAUAUGCGUUGGACGAGAACUCGACUGACGCGAAGCGGUUUUCCGCGCCCAGUCGCAGUGGCUCGACCUCUCCUUCUUGA